AUGGAGAUUAAUCAGUCUAAACAAACGAUAUGGAGCUCAGGUGAGUUGCAGUCUGCAAGAUCUUACAGCUGCUCUUUUUGCAAGAAAGGGUUUUCUAAUGCACAAGCAUUAGGAGGUCAUAUGAAUGUCCAUAGAAAAGAUAGGGCAAAGCUUAGACAAGCUCCUGAUGACGAUGAUGAGAAUUUGCUCUCUCUGGAUAUUGCAAAGUCGAACCAACCUGACCAUAUUCUUUCCAAAGACAAAAAUCUUUGUACAGAGGAAGAAGAUGAAGCUGAAGCUGAAGAUAAGAAUAAGAAGAAGAAGAUGCAGUUUAGCAGCCAUGGAUCUACGGCUGGCCGGAUAGAAGUAUUAGACUUGGAGCUUCGGUUAGGGCCUGAUAAGCAUCAUCAAACUUCAACUGAUAAGACUAAAAGACAAUUCUUUUGAGAUAUUUUUGAUGUAACUUCUAAUAUUAAGAGGUAUUUCUCUUUUCUUCCUUUCUUUUAAUUUUGAUACUAAAAAUUUAUUUUGUUUUCAGUUUUUAGGAUAUAAUUAAACUUAAAUAUUUACAUACUAUUUAUUAUUGUUGUAUACAUAUUCACGUUCAUCU